AUGCUAGAGACCCCGAUUCCUUGCCUCAUCCUUGAUGGAGGACUGGGAACUACUAUAGAAGAACUCGAUGAACAGGUCACACAUCAUCCCUUGUGGUCUGGAAAGCUCUUACACGAUAACCCAGAAUUACUGGUUGACACGCACUUGCGUUUUCUGGAAGCAGGCGCAGAUGUGAUAGAGACAGCUACGUACCAAUCCUGCCUUCCUACCUUUGUCCGUGCCGGAUAUGAGCAGGAAGAAGCGCAGGCAUCGAUAUUAUCGGCGAUCACACUCGCCGAAGAGGCCAUCCGGCGUUUUGAACAGUCUUCCGGAACACACAGACGACCCUUGGUAGCGCUUUCACUCGGGCCGUACGGUGCGCAGAUUACACAAGAAUACGGCGGCAUCUAUCCACCUCCAUAUGGCCCAUCAAUAGGAGCGAAUAUUCUACCUGCUCCCGAGACAUCGUUCGCUUCGCCGGAAGAGGAAGUCCUCGCCGAGCUCGCGUUGACACAAUGGCAUUUCGAUCGUCUACUAUUAUUUGCAACUUCUCCUUCGCACUGGAACUCAAUCUCGUACAUCGCGUUUGAGACCAUUCCACUGCUACGAGAAGGCAGAGCCAUCCGACGGGCGAUGACUCGCCUCAGACCAAUGGCAGAGGCGCGUGGGUUGAUUUGGCCUAAAUGGUGGAUCAGCUUCGUGUUCCCCGAAGGGAAGUUUCCAGAAGUCAAAACCAGCGGGGAACCAAUUCUUCCGCAGGACAUCGCGAACGCAAUGUUCGAUGCGGAGGAUGAGCGGAGAAACAUCUUGAUACCGGAUGGUAUUGGGGCGAACUGCACGAAGUUACAAUUUCUUAAGCCCAUCAUUAUUGGGUAUGGGGAAGGGCUCCACCGUUCUUCCAAGGGUCGGCCUCCCGAGCUUGUUCUGUAUCCUGAUGGAGGAUACCACUAUGACACCAACGAGGGAGCUUGGCAGGCGCCUCACUUAAAUCGCGAUGGAACGGAGAGGCGCGCGGACGGAGUUUUGGAGCCCUGGGCUCGGUCGGUGGCUAGAAUAGGAGCCUGGGGUGCUCAGAUGACUUACGCAGGGCGUCCGAUGUGGUCAGCCUUGAUUGUGGGAGGAUGCUGCAAGACUCUACCUUUAGACAUCGCCGCACUAAAGCGUGAGUAUGGUAAUCAUGUCUAUUAG